CCAUUCCUCUGACAGUGAAGAGGACGAAGAAUUUCCCAAGGAACCCUGCUGGGAGAACUUACUGUGUCCUAACAAUGAGAAGCUGCCAUCACUCAGCACUCCAAAGGUAGAUAACAUCUCUGGACCUGGAAAACCUUAUUGGCCGGGUGACUUUGUAACCACUGCCAGUGAGAGCGAUGGCCACCCUGGCUCAGAGUCGCUGCGGGUAGAACCAAUGGGUAAGAAUGACCGGCUGGGACUGACAGAGGAGUUGGCCAGAGAGAAUGGAGAGGGCAUCUUGGGCUCACUGCCUCACCCCACUGCUCAGCCCCAGAAAGGCAUUUUAAAGAAAAAAUACCUGCCACCCAUCAGUGAGAAGAGCAGCAUCCAGCGCAUCCAUAACAAGCUCUCCAGCUGCCGCUCAGGGAUGGUAUCAUUGCAUGGUUCUUCGGGGAGUGAUGGCAGCCGUGGGGGUGGGGUACCCCGACCCCGACAAACCCUACAGGAGCAGCUCAAUGGCCUUACACCUAUCACCAUGAGUAUAAAGACUGGCACAGUGGAUGAGGACUCUUCAGGCUCCGACAUGGGACUCAUGGUUUUGGAGCUAUACUGGAAGCAUGCACCCAAAACUUGCAAAAAUUUUGCUGAGCUCUCCAGACGAGGCUAUUACAAUGGCACCAAGUUUCAUAGGAUAAUCAAAGAUUUCAUGAUACAGGGAGGUGAUCCAACAGGAACUGGAAGAGGAGGAGCAUCUAUCUAUGGCAAGCAGUUUGAAGAUGAACUCCACCCAGAACUGAAGUUUACAGGUGCCGGAAUCCUUGCUAUGGCAAAUGCAGGUCCUGAUACAAAUGGAAGCCAGUUCUUUAUUACACUAGCACCAACUCAAUGGCUUGAUGGCAAGCACACUAUCUUUGGUCGUGUUUGCCAGGGAAUUGGGAUAGUCAACAGAGUGGGUAUGGUGGAAACGAACGCGCAAGAUCGUCCAGUGGAUGAUGUAAAGCUUUUGAAAGUUUUUCCAUCUGGAUAGACUGAAAUCACAAAAUUGGUACAUGUAGACUCUUCAAAAAAGAAAACAAACCAAAACUGCUCUAUGCCAAGACAUACCUGCCAGCUACUUGCAAAGUAAUCUCUACUAAAAUUACCUUUAGGAGUCACCUUUUUAUUAAAGCUAAAUAAUCAAGAGGUUCCUGAACUAUUUGUAAUGGGUAAAUGCCAUCAAGGUAUGAUAAAUGUUGUUGACAGCAUAAUUUUUGUCUUCAUUUAUGCUUUAUUUGGAAUGUAGCAAAUCACAUGAAUGAAUAAACAUAAAAUUUUAAAUGCAGUAAACAGGCAACAUAUAGUAUUUUACAAGUCAUCAUAAAUACCUGUUAACCUAUGCAGGGUCCACAUGCCUCUGGAAGUAAGAUUAGAAUGUUCGAAGUAGAAAUAGGGAGUUGAUUUGUUACCAUUUGUUUAUUAGGACCAAAUCAUUUAAUAUGGUGGUAAUUUAACUCUUGGUCUCAUUUUAUAUCCCUCAAAGUCAAGGACAUGAAAACUUGAGACAUUUUUGAAUAAAGUGUGUUUUACUAACUACAUUUCCUUCUUGUUUUUACAUGAUUAAUAGUUCAGUGCUGC